AUGGUUGCACUACAUACCCUUCUACUCACUGCAUUUGCUGCAGUUUCUCUUGCAAACCCAAUUCCCGCACCCGAACUCGAGGCGCGUCAGAUUAUCAAUGCCAACGAUCUUGAGAAUGGUGUGUGCAAGCCUGUGGUAUUGAUUUUUGCUCGUGGUUCGACCGAGUUAGGGAAUAUGGGAGCCAUCGCGGGUAUGCCAACUUGUAACGCCCUCAAGUUGGCGCUUGGAAGCCAGAAUGUUGCAUGCCAGGGAGUCGGAGGCGCAUAUACCGCAUCGUUGAUCCCCAAUUUCCUUCCUGCCAACACCAACCAAGCUUCGAUCAGAGAGGCAACUGGUGUAUUUGAGAUGGCUCACACCCGAUGCCCUAAUUCGCAAAUCGUGGCCGGGGGAUACAGCCAAGGCUCUGCGGUCAUGGAUAAUACAAUCCAAGACCUUCCGGACGUGAUCAAGAACAAGGUGAAGGGUGUUGUCCUGUUUGGCUUCACCCGCAACUUGCAGGAUCUCGGCCGCAUCCCCAACUACCCGAAGGAGCAGACCAAGGUUAUCUGCGCUGUAGGGGACUUGGUGUGUGUUGGCACGCUUAUCAUCACGCCGGCUCAUUUGACUUAUACAUUGAACGCUCCUGAGGCUGCCCAGUUCCUGGCCUCUAUGGUUAGUGUCUAA